CGCGGGAGUAGGGACGCGCGGAGAUGACGCAGGCAGCACCGGAAGCCGCUCCCCUGUGAGGCUGCGGACCCCGAACGGCGGCCGCUGGUCCAGGCGCCAUGGCUGCGGAGCGGACCCGGCCGCUGCGAGGCUCUGGCGGCCCGAGCGCGCCUAGUCGGUGUGAACCCGGCGCGAGGUCCCGGGCCCCGGGGCGCUCGCUCAGGUAAAUUUUUCCAUAACCUUAUGGAGAGAAAGGACUUUGAGACAUGGCUUGAUAACAUUUCUGUUACAUUUCUUUCUCUGACGGACUUGCAGAAAAAUGAAACUCUGGAUCACCUGAUUAGUCUGAGUGGGGCAGUCCAGCUCAGGCAUCUCUCCAAUAACCUGGAGACUCUCCUCAAGCGGGACUUCCUCAAACUCCUUCCCCUGGAGCUCAGUUUUUAUUUGUUAAAAUGGCUCGAUCCUCAGACUUUACUCACAUGCUGCCUCGUCUCUAAACAGUGGAAUAAGGUCAUAAGUGCCUGUACAGAGGUGUGGCAGACUGCCUGUAAAAAUUUGGGCUGGCAGAUAGAUGAUUCUGUUCAGGACGCUUUGCACUGGAAGAAGGUUUAUUUGAAGGCUAUUUUGAGAAUGAAGCAACUGGAGGACCAUGAAGCCUUUGAGACCUCAUCUUUAAUUGGACACAGUGCCAGAGUGUAUGCACUUUACUACAAAGACGGACUUCUCUGUACAGGGUCAGAUGACUUGUCUGCAAAACUAUGGGAUGUGAGCACAGGGCAGUGUGUUUAUGGCAUCCAGACCCACACUUGUGCAGCGGUGAAGUUUGAUGAGCAGAAGCUUGUGACAGGCUCCUUUGACAACACUGUGGCCUGCUAAUGGAGUUCCGGAGCCAGGACCCAGCACUUCCGGGGGCACACGGGGGCGGUGUUUAGCGACUACAACGAUGAACUGGAACAUCUUGGUGAUGGCUCUGCAGACUUCACUGUGAUAUGGGCUUUAUCUGCUGGGACGUGCCUGAACACGCUGACCGGGCACACAGAGUGGGUCACCAAGGUUGGUUUGCAGAAGUGCAAAGUCAGUCUCUUGCACAGCCCUGGAGACUAUAUCCUUUUAAGUGCAGACAAAUAUGAGAUCAAGAUUUGGCAAUUGGGAGAGAAAUUUAACUGUAGGCUUAAGACGUUGUCUGUCUCUGAGGAGAGUAUCUGCUGCAGCCGAACUUCUUUUGAUGGCAAUACUGUUGUAGUUCAGCGUGGUCUCUACCAGUGGGACUUUGCAUCUAGAGAUGAUUUGAAGGUCAUCAAGACUCCUGAGAUAGCAAACUUGGCCUUGCUUGGCUUUGGAGAUAUCUUUGCCCUGCUGUUUGACAACCGCUACCUGUAUAUCAUGGACUUGCGGACAGAGAGCCUGAUUAGCCGCUGGCCUCUGCCAGAGUAUAGGAAAUCCAAGAGAGGCUCCAGUUUCCUGGCGGGCGAAGCGUCCUGGCUCAAUGGACUGGAUGGGCACAAUGACACGGGCUUGGUCUUUGCCACCAGCAUGCCUGACCACAGUAUUCACCUGGUGUUGGGGAAGGAGCACAGCUGAGGCCACGAGCCGCACCGCUGACUGACUUUGGGCCCAGGGCUGCGGGUUUUGAGUGCAACCUCUGUGGCAGCCGACUGCAUGAACCAAAGUUCUCACCUAAUGGUAUCAUCACGCAGUGCACAAUCAUUUAUCUCUGUUUGCCAGGGGGCCAGGGCUCGGGUUGGGGAGGGCUUGUUUUAUGGACAUAUACUGCAGCAUGCUGAUGGGGUGCACCAUUGACUUCAUUUGUACUUAGUUAUGUUGGUCAGGAUAAGAGGGUGCAUUUGGGGCUCAUCUUUCUUGAAUAUUGGUUUUAAGUAUAGAAAUUCAAAUCGCUCAUUAAUCUGCUAAUUGGUUGCCUAUAAAAACAUAUUCAGUCUCUUAUUAAAGCUUUCUACCAUUG